AUGGAGGGGUCACUAACAGGCUUUAGACCAUGCCUCCGCUUUUAUGCCACAACCUAUUUUGAGCAUUGUACAGGUGUCUUAUCUUGGGUGUAGCAAAUGUUCACUUGCCUAUUUACAGCUGAACUCCUGCUGCAACGGCUGGAACUGGAGAAACCUCCAGUUUUUCCAGUUAGGUGCUGCCUCUACAAGACCGUUACCUCCACCACAACAUAGGGUGCUGGUGGGUUGCCAUGGCAGCUAGGUGCCUAAUAAUAGCCUCCUGGUCUCUGACUGUGACUAUCCGACAUAUGUUGCCACUCUCCGUGCUGCAUUUCCAUCUUGAAGGAGUUUUAUAAUCUUCUCAGUUGAUACAGUUGGCAACUCUCUUGUUGGGCGAAGUCCACAGCUCGGUUUAAGUACAUAGGAAGUGGGUAAUCGUCAGUGUAGCAAUAUCCCUAGUUUUCUUGUUCUUAGCAGUUCAUUGACAUCAUGGGCUUCUCCAGCUGCUUGUGGUCAAUCUCUAUCCCCAUGCUGCUCCUCGCUUUAUGGGCUGAAACUCUAGCCACACAAGAAUAUGAUGAUUAUUCUGAUGAAACAAACACAUCCGACACCCUAUUAUGUCUACAACCACGGUCCUUCAAAGGAGAAUUGAAUGAUACAUUCCUGCAAAUUUCUGCAUCAACGAAAGAUCACCUGAAAAGUUCUAUUACGGUUGUGCUCAUACCGUCUAUCUACACUGUUAUAUUCAUUGUGGGACUACCAGCCAAUGGCCUUGCCCUGUGGGUUUUAGCAACAAAAGUAAAAAAAAUGACAUCUACAGUAUUCUUUAUGAAUUUGGCAGUGGCAGACCUCUUGCUCAUUCUGGUUCUUCCCUUUAAAAUAUUUUAUUAUUAUUUGGGAAACAACUGGAUUUUUGGUGAGCUGAUGUGUAGGGCCAUGACAAGCUUCUUCUAUGGAAACAUGUAUUGCUCAGCUUUGCUUCUCACGAGUAUCAGUGUUGACCGUUAUCUGGCUGUGGUGCAUCCUUUUUUCUCUAGAACAUUUAGAAGCACCAUUUUUGCAACUGGAAUGUGUUCUGUUUGCUGGCUAAUUGCUAUGUUAUCCACCAUCCCUCUGGCCACCAUGCAACAAUCUUACCGCCUCCUUGACUCUGACCUCAUAUUGUGUCAUGAUGCACUUCCAGAACAAGAGCAAGCAAAGUAUCUGUUUUAUUAUUUCAUGUCCGUCAUUGUAUUGUGCUUUAUUUUGCCACUGGUAAUUAUUGUAUUCAGUUACAUCGCAGUCAUUCGAGAACUGAUACUAAGCGGAGAAAAAUACACCUAUGCUGUAAAACUAAGUGUAUUGGUGUUGUUCAUAGUGAUCGUUUUCUUGACACCAAGCAAUGUGGUCCUUUUGAUGCAUUACUCAGAGCACUGCUUUGAAAGGCAGAAUGACCUUUAUGCAGUCUAUAUGGUGUGCCUAACCGUGAGCACCUUAAAUAGCUGUGUGGAUCCUUUUGUUUAUUACUAUGCUUCUGAAGAAUUUCGGGGCAAGGUGAGAAACCAGUUUAGGAAAAAGUCUGCAAUAUCAAUAACCUCAGUAAAAACCUCUAAAGAGACUCUGCCCCCAAGAUACUCCAAUUGUCGUUCGCGUUCAGUGCUGUGACAUUUCUUUCUUCAGAAGAAAUACUUUCAGACAUUAGGUACAUCAGUACCCAAAAACACAAUGGCUUAAACUGAACUUUCUGGGCCCUGGUGCUGUACUUGUCUAAAAUUUUCUAAGUAGCCAAAUAUGGCCAGCAAUGAACAUUGUCCUGAUAUGCUUUCUGUACCAGUAAAUCUUUUUUCAGAUUUGUCAGCUGAUGUUGUCAUCAUUGUAUUUGUAUUCCUGUAAUUUUAUUUUCAGCAGUUGGAGUUAGGCCCUGUUUCCACUGCCAACAUGGCUUCUGUUACAACAGAAACUAUUAAAGUGGUGCAGGAGCCUUACCAGUCAAACAAUGGACAACAACUGUGUCCAACAGAUGCCAUUGAUUUGAUGGGGUCCACUGGGCUUUAUCGUAUUGUUUGACGUUUUGACGGGAAUAAUAGCACAGCAUGCUUUUUCACUUGGGAUAACAGACACUGAUGUGUGUAUCAUUUCACCCUUCUCUGCAGAAUCUGCUAUGGGUGCUCUGCUCUCCUCUUUCUCUGUACACUUCGGCUGUUAUAUAUUUAUAGGGCUGACAUUAGAAAGGAACAAACUUUGCAAAUGCCAAGGACCCCCAUUUCACUACCAAGAAUUUCCAUUUAAAGCUGUGCAGCCACAUGGCUUAAUAACUCCUCCCUUUUAAGGCUAUUUUCUUAAAGGCUAUUGACACCAUUGGAGGCAUAAUUUUACUAGCUUUGUAUUAAAACAAAUGUCUGCUUCUGCAUUACUGCCCAUAGCAAGAUGCAGAAUUACAGUUACCACGAGCGAGCUCCUUUUUUUUUACAGCUACUGCUGCUUUCCCAAAUCAAAGUUAAGCAUUGCAAAAAACUAAUGAUAAAAAUUAAAUAAAAUUAUAAAAAUAAAAUAGAAUGUCUCAUAGCCUUUAAAGAUUGGAAAGCAUCACCUGAUUAUAGAAGAGCAUUCACUGAACACCUACAUUGUUUUAUUAAAGAGCUAAGUGCAUGAAUAAAAUGAAUUAAAUAUUUUUAUAAAAACUGACACCAAAUGUGCACAUACCAAAAACAAAUGUAGUUAUUAAACCAGUGUGUAUUAAACUUAUCCUGAUCAUUUAAGGAUAUAUGUAAAAAUAUACAAAAAAUAGAAUAAAACAUUAAUAAAUAACGUAUGGA